UCGAAGCCAAGCAUCUUCAUCCUUGAAACUUCGAAAGUCAUCGUGCUUGACGCGCGCAUAGAGUAUGACUCGCAUUAGCUCCGUUUCCAGGUAUAUGGACGUACAUUUAGACGAUACCUCUUCUUCACACAACAGUUUCUAAUCCGACGUUGUGACUGGAAGAGACUCUCGUAUUGGAGUAAAACAUAAAGACACAGCGUUGCCGACAUCAUUGCAGAGACGACAUGGCGCAAAGGGCACAGACACAACCCGCCGAUCGGCUUGCGCAGCAGAAACUAUACGUCUUUGACCUACCGGAGGAGCUGCUCUAUACGCUGCAGCUAAAAUUACAGCAUACUGCGGCCUCUGAUACAGAUUCUACGUCACCUGAACGGACAUCUUCGCCUGCUUCGCCAUCGCUGAACGGUCUAGAUGCCGCCCAGGAAGAGGUACCCAAGGCCGCGACCUCAUGCGCUCUUUGCAGCCUUACAUUCGCGCACGUCCAGGAACAGCGGAGUCAUAUCCGCUCCGACCUUCAUGGCUACAAUCUCAAGCAGAGAAUGCGCGGUAAGGCGCCCGUUGGGGAGGCGGAUUUCGAGCGACUGAUUGGCCAGCUCGAUGAGAGUCUAUCCGGCUCUGACUCGUCAGACUCGGAAGACGACAGUGACGAAGAGCACGAGCUCUCUGGCAACAAGACGAAGGACUCGACACUGACCGCGCUCUUGAGAAGGCAGGCCAAGAUUACAGAUGGCGACGCGGAAGAUGCGCCUCGAAAGAAGCAGCGAGGCCAGGGCAAGCCACCAUUGCUAUGGUUCACGUCUCCAAAACUACCUCCAAAUACCGCACUUGGUGUUUAUCGGGCCAUCUUCACUACAGACGAACAAAAUGAGGAGACUAAGCUUGUUGAGGUGCUUUGGCGGAAACAACUGGCACCGAAGCCUCCUCCAUCCCAGUCACAGAAGCGAGAGACUUCUGAUGACGAGGGCGGCGUGCCACUGCCGUCGUCCAUGUUACCAAAGAUCACAAGUGCGUCUGGACCGCAUUACUUUCUUUGCAUGAUAGGUGGCGGGCAUUUUGCAGCAAUGCUCGUCUCACUGACUCCAAAGCUGACGAAGAAGGCUGGCAUCGAGGACCGUGCGGCCACCGUACUCGCACAUAAGACCUUCCACCGCUAUACUACCAGGCGGAAGCAGGGUGGUUCGCAAUCCGCGAACGACAAUUCUAAGGGCAACGCGCAUUCUGCCGGUGCUGGUAUCAGGCGAUACAAUGAAGCCGCCUUGACGCAGGAAGUGCGGGAUCUCCUAUCAGAGUGGCGACCUUGGAUUGACAGUGCUGAACUCCUCUUCAUCCGCGCAACAGGCAGCACCAAUCGCCGAACGCUGUUUGGGCCUUACGAGGACCAAGUCCUAUCUGCUAAGGAUGCUCGACUGCGCGGCUUUCCGUUUAGCACACGACGCGCUACACAAUCAGAGCUGAUGCGUGCUUUCGUCGAAUUGACCCGCGUCAAAGUCAGUACUGUCGAUGAGGCUGCGCUUCAAAGGCAGGCUGAGGAAGCUGCGGCUGCGGCUGCCCGAGCGGCGAACGGUGUGGCGAAUGGCAAGCCAAGCACGCCAAAGCCCGCGAAACCAUCAAAGCAGGAAGAAGAAGCAGCGAUGCAUACCACGCAGUUGCAAGCGCUCAUACGGCGGUCCAAAGCACCUGCCAUGCUGUCAUACCUGCAGUCGAGCAAACUUGACCCUAACUUCCAAUUCCACCCAGCUGAGCAUAAUCAUCAUGCACCAACCCCGCUGCACCUGGCGGCCGCAUCGAACGCGGCGGCGUGCGUGACUGCACUGCUCGUCAAAGCCGGUGCGAAUCCCACCUUGCGCAACGAAGAUGGCAAAUCCGCCUUCGAUAUCGCGGGUGACAGGGCUACACGUGAUGCCUUCCGUCUCGCCCGCUCGCAGCUCGGCGAGCAGAAAUGGGAAUGGGAUGAUGCUGGUGUACCAUCUCCGCUCAGCCACGCAGAGGUGGAUAAGCGCACCGCUCGCGAGAAAGAAGAAAGGGCCGCAGACGAGGCGGCGGAGAAGCAGCGACGGCAGGCGGAGAUGGAGCGUAUUCGUAGAGAAGAUGUAGGGUCGCAAGAGGCUGGCAAGGAGAAGAAGCUCGGUAAAGAUCACGUUAUGCAGAAACCGCAGUUGACGGCUGAGGAGCGCAGGAUGGAGGAGGCGAGGGGGAUGACUGAUGAGAUGCGCAUGAAGCUCGAAAGGGAGAAGAGGGCUAGGGCGGCAGAGGAGCGGAUGAAGCGAUUGCAAGGGCGGUAAAUCGUUUCCUUCGUGCACGAUCAGAUGACUUUGGCCGGAGUCAGUGGCGAAGUACGAAAGGAUGCCAUUGGCGCGCCCAUGUGUUAUUUUGCGAUCUAGUGGUGAGCAGCAAGCCCAGCCCUUCUUCCCAAUCUUCAAGGGCGCAUUUA